GGAAGUCGGAAGUCGGAUGGUUGAACGUUCAUUCAAUGAUUCAACAUGGCUGAAUAUCUCGCGUCAAUUUUUGGCACCGAGAAGGAUAAGGUUAAUUGUUCCUUCUACUUCAAGAUUGGUGCUUGCCGUCAUGGGGACCGCUGUUCCAGACUCCACAACAGACCCACGUUCAGUCAGACAAUUUUACUUCAAAACCUGUACCUGAACCCUCAGAACGCAGCUCUCACCGCUGAUGGCUCACACAUUGUGCUGGAUGAUGUACAAGCUCAACAAGAGUAUGAUGAAUUCUUCGAAGAGAUUUUUGUGGAACUGGAAGACAAGUAUGGAGAAAUUGAAGAGAUGAACGUUUGUGACAAUCUUGGAGACCACUUGGUGGGGAAUGUCUACGUCAGGUUCCACAAGGAGGAGGAUGCAGAGAAAGCUGUGUCGGAGCUGAACAACCGCUGGUUCAACCAGAGACCCAUCCACUGUGAGCUAUCUCCCGUGACAGACUUCAGGGAAGCCUGCUGUCGACAGUACGAGAUGGGAGAAUGCACCCGUGGCGGAUUCUGUAACUUCAUGCACCUGAAACCCAUCUCCCGUGAACUGAGGAGAGAGCUGUAUGGGCGCAGUGGUCAUCGCAAGGGCAAAAAGUCCAGAUCUCGUUCUCCACCAACUAGUAACAACCGUAGAAAGUCCAGUCGUGACCAAGACGACAGAGGCGAUCGUGAGAAUGGCCGCGACAGAUCGGGCAGAGAUCGUGAACGGCGAGACCGACGGGAGCGACGAAGGUCGAGGUCACACGAUCGUCAUGGGAGAUACUAAACACAAUUUGCGGCCAGAUUUAACUACUGUUGUUCUUGGGGGGGGCAAGAGCAGAAUUCGGGGAGGGGGAGGGGGAGGGGGGGGUUUCAGUUCAUGGGUCAAAUGUUCAAUUUCAUUUCCAUGGCGCAAGAACACUGUACCUUUCUUGUUAUUGUGCUUACAUAUAUUUUUUUGGUUUAUUUGUUGUUGUUUUGUUGUUGUUUUUUAUCAUAGUAGACUGGCGUUACCUUUGGGUCUGUUUAGUGACAUUUUGAUAGCGCAUACAUCUGUAGGGAUUGUGUCAUACAAAGAUUCUGUCCACGGAGGGUCCAUUUAUGCAAAUGAUAGACUUUUAGCGUGAGAAACACAGGCAUUGAUCAAUUUUAAGUUCUGUCGUGUAUAUUUAUGUAUGUGUUUCAGAAAAAGUCUCUCCCGGCAUGUUUGUCUACACUGAUAUGUCUUUUUCAAUGUAAUGUUAUGCUCCAACAAAAACAAUAAAAGUUGUUGUCAUUUUUGU